AUGUUUUCCCCCCAUGCCAUUCUUGUCUUUAUAGGCAAUACUGCACCUGCAUUCUCAGUGAACUUGAAGUCUAUGGAAAUACCACACAGUAUCACAGAAUUUUUCAUGCUGGGACUCUCACAGAACUCAGAGGUACAGAGAGUUUUCUUUGUGAUCUUUCUGAUGAUCUAUGUGGUCACGGUUUGUGGCAACAUGCUCAUUGUGGUCACUAUCACCUCGAGCCCCACCCUGGCUUCCCCCAUGUAUUUUUUCCUGGCUAACCUAUCUUUUAUUGACAUCUGUUAUUCGUCUUCUAUGGCUCCUAAACUGAUUGCUGACUCCUUGUAUGAGGGGAGAACCAUCUCUUAUGAGGCCUGCAUGGCUCAGCUCUUUGGAGCUCAUUUUCUGGGAGGUGUUGAGAUCAUUCUGCUCACAGUGAUGGCCUAUGACCGCUAUGUGGCCAUCUGUAAGCCCCUGCACUAUACUACCAUCAUGACCAGGCAUCUCUGUGCCAUGCUGGUAGGGGUGGCUUGGCUUGGGGGCUUCCUGCAUUCAUUGAUUCAGCUCCUCCUGGUCCUUUGGUUGCCCUUCUGUGGGCCCAAUGUGAUCAAUCACUUUGUCUGUGACUUGUACCCUUUGCUGGAAAUUGCCUGCACCAACACGUAUGCCAUCAGUCUGCUGGUGGUUGCCAACAGUGGUGUAAUCUGCCUGUUGAGCUUCCUCAUGCUGGCUGCCUCCUACAUUGUCAUCCUGUACUCCUUGAGGCCGCAUCGCGCAGAUGGGAGAUGCAAAGCCCUCUCCACCUGUGGAGCCCACUUCACUGUUGUUGUUUUGUUCUUUGUGCCCUGUAUAUUUACUUAUACGCAUCCAUUUUCUACUUUAUCUAUAGACAAAAGCAUGGCAUUGUUUUAUGGUAUUCUGACACCUAUGUUGAAUCCACUCAUUUAUACCCUGAGAAAUGAAGGGCUAAAAAAUGCUGGGAGAAAGCUCUUUACAUGGUAAGAAAUUGCAGGUGGAUAAU